CGCCGUGGCGACGGGCGGGGCCCGGCGCUGGCCCCGCCCCCCGUGGCCGGGCCGACGGCGGGCGGCGAUGGCGGCGCUCGCGCAGGAAGAAGACCAAGAUCAGGAUGCCAUAGGUGAAAAGGCAGAAGACCAAGAUCAGGGUGCAGUAGGUGGAAAGGAAGACCAAGAUCAGGAUGCCAUAUGUGGAGAGGAAGAAGACCAAGAUCAGGGUGCCAUAGGUGGGCAGGAAGAGAAAGAGAAUAAGCCAUUUCUUUCUCUUUCCCAAAUUACUGCUUUGUUAGAAGAAAAUCUGGAAGGAGUUGAAAAAAUGUUGGAAGAAUUUCUGAAUUUUACACAAUUAAAGACAUCUUGGAGAAAAGCUGUUUUAAUAGAUUAUUACAGUGCGGGAUUUUUGUGGGCUAAAGAAAUGAACUUCAGUCUUACACAGCUCUCAGAAUUCAUGGAACUAUUAAAUUUCAUCUUGGAGAACAUCAGUGACAAACAUAUGACCUUAGGAGAUAAUUUAAAAGAACUGGAAAGAGCAAUGGCUGAAAUAGGAGAAACUGAUUCAGAACAAGGAGGUGACUUGAAUUUCUUCAGCAUUGAGCAAGGCAAAGCAAUCAUUGAUUACUUCAUUAACAGCUUAUUUAAAUACUAUAGAGUGUAUGAAUUCCUCUUCCAGCAUCCUAGAGGACUUGAGUUAAGUGAUGAGCACCAGGAGGAUGGGAUUGAACUUGACCAACCUGCAGUUCCCUCCUCAGCUGCAGCGACAGAAUCUCAGGGGUCUGCUCAGGAGGAUUACCUGGAAGAGCCCUGUCCAGAGGCAGAGUCCUCCGAGGCCGAUGCUGUGGCUGGUGUCACUGCUGAAGAUCAGAAGUCUGCAGAGUGUGAAAUCCCAAAUGAAAUUAUUGGCAACCUUGAGGCGGACGUAAAUGAAAAGCUGCAAAUGCAGGAAGAAGCUUAGACUCGGAGAACAGAAAAAUUAAAAACUCCUAAAUAGCCAGAUAAGAAAGGCGAUGCUGGAUUUCACAGGAAUGGGGCAGUAGGGGAUGGCAUGCACAGAGCUGGCUCCCUGCCUGAACAUAAUUAUUUCUGUAUAAAGGAAAGUGGUUCUGUUAACAUUUACCUAGAAGUAGUUCAUCUCAGUUCCUCAAAUUUACUGUGUUCUGCCAGCAUUGUUGUUUAGUUUAGGCUUAAGUUGAAGAUUAUAAACAGAAGGAUACAGAAUCAAAACAUGUCGAAGUUCAGUUUAUUUCUGAAUAGAAAUCCUAACAUAAAAAAAAACCCUGUUGAAGUUUCAUUCUCUUUCGUUCUUCCAGUUGUGAAAUAUUUAACAGUUUCUGCUUUACACCAAUGGUUUUUUUCAGGAAAUGUUGCUACAAGGAGAAUACAUAGAGAGGAAACAUCAUUUUGAGGCACUGCAGAUAUAAUAAGGAGAGAAUUUAAUUAACAUGUAAUUACACACUUUUCACUGUAGCUAUUCGUUAAUAAUAUGUGUGUUAUUUCAUUUUAAUUUGCUUCCUAAGCUUUAAAACACACUUAAUAGCUUACACUUCUUUCUUUCCACCAUAUUAAAAUUGCAUAAAUGAAGAGUUUGCACUUCAGCAUUCCCAAGAAGAGUUCCUUUAGAUUUCAGGAGAAUUUUUUCUGGAAUGCAUGUAAGCUUUCAUCUGAGAAUGUUUCCAUAUUUUUUCCAGACAUUAGAGAAUGUUUCAUACUCAAAAGGAAUUCAACCAAAUAAAUGACCUCAAGAAGAACCGGUUUAACAUCUACAUUUCAAAACUGUGGCCUGUAUUUAUUGUGUCACAGAACUCUGUGCCCUAGAAAGCAUGUGAAGUACAAGUCAUGCUUUGAAGCGUAAAGGCUGGAUUGGAUUACAUGUUUAGUGGAAUAUUUGAGAAAUAGAGUGUUCUAUUCAUUACAUUUCCAUAUUUGUCUCCCACUCAGUAAAAAGUUAGUUUUUGUUUCAUUUCAUCCCCGUUUUUUAUGGUGGUAAAUGAAAAAAAUUGGCAAGCCUGACUCAGUCCAAUCAAAAAAAAAAAAUAAAAUGGCUUGUACCAUUUUUCCUAAAAGGUCUAAUUUGGUGGUGCCUGACUUGCAGGGGCUGCUCCCAGCGGGCAUGGGUCCAAGUGUGCAGCUGGAAGGGUCGUUCCCAUGUGCUGGUCAGUGGGAAGUGGUCCCACAGCUAAAGACCACAUCCAGUACUGUGCCUGGGCACCAGCAGCCUGGGUGUGCUCUACAGAGUGCGAGUCACAUGUGGGCUCUGAGCUCCUGUAAAGCAAUGGUUCAGUGUUUGAAGUGGACAGUGUCUUUUACUGGGUCUCUGGGCACUGAGAAAGAUUGUUCCCCUGGUGGGUCAUAAGGAGAAGUGAGCUCUGUAAUGAUUCACUUCCAAGUUUUCUUGGUUGCUCUUUCCAGUGCUGGCCAGGAAAUUACUGUGAGCUUCCUUUCAGCUAUUAACAGCUAACUGUUCUGCUUUGAACACUGAAGGAAUUCCUGAAACAUUAUUAGUUUUACCUUUAAAAAAAAUAAAAAUUUGAUUCCUGGU